AUGGCUCAGAUCAUACCGCCUAUCACCUCACUACCAAUCGAUUCCAGUGCGGCACCCUCAGUGGAAGAUAUCCAAGAUCGUCUACCAUCAAUAUGUGUAGAUUACCUAUCUCACGACUGGUCAGAGGAGGAUGUAUGGGCAUCGUGGAGGAACAUGACGAGACAUAAACAUGAGAUUGCUAAUGGUGUGAGAUUGGAAAAUGCAAGUUGGAGAACAUGGCAGAAACAGAGAAACAAGUUGAAGACGAUCAGUCCAGAGACGCUCAAUUGGCUGAAAGACUCCGAUGUCACAUGGCUGUAUGGUCCUCUACACACCGCCAACGUCGAGCCCGUUCGACCCCUCAAAGUCGCUACUACCGACGAACGUCUAGGUAUCGAUCGACCCAAUCCCAACCCGCCCGUCACCACCAAACCCAUUCUCAAGCAUCGAACACUAUCCGAAAUGCUUACCGGUCCACGACCAUCUUCGCCUAUUCUCGAGGCUACCUCUCGGGAUGAGAUCAACUCAGAUAGCGAUCUCGAUCGACCCAUGUUGCUACAAAGUAAAUCCGAUACUAACGUGAUGAGAGCGCGUACGCAACCUGUCAUCAGAGAGAGAUCUCCUCCAAGGGAUUUCAAUCUGGAUGUUGGAACUGCGACCGCACUUGCUAACAAUCAAGAUGCCAAUAACAAAGGGGCUACGAUCAACUCUCCAGGCUCAACUACAGACGGACAGAACACCGCUGGUGGUAAGAAACAUAUCAGUUUCAAUACCUUUGUCGAACAGGUCAUCGCAUUGGACGAACCGCGUGAACAGCAAAAUAACAACCUGGAUAGUUCGGAUGAUGAGAUGUUGGAAAUGAAACCUUCCUCGUUGAGCUCUAGUAGCAGAUCAUCAAGACCUUCGUUAUCAAGGAACUCUUCCUCCGGAUCGAACUCAGAUCAUCUGACAAUCGCUAAGAUCGCUCCUACCGUGUUAAAGACAUUGAACCUACCUGGAAGUUCAGGUGCGAUGAUAUACGCUCCACCACCUGAAUACCAAUCGCCCUCGCUCAGUCACCAUAGUCAACAAUCGUUCGACUUCCCUUCACCUCAAGUCGACAGGGGGACAGGUAAAUGGGCGGACCACGAUGAAGACGAAGAUGAUUAUGGUUCCGUGGGAUUCGAUUAUUUCGGUGGACCCAAUCUCGCCCGUGAUGAUGAUCGCAAAUCAUCUGCUCAGCCUAUACCCACUCACGUUGGAGCCUCACCCAACAAACAGGCUCAAGCGGUACCACCUACUGUCAGCCAACCUCCGCCUCAACCUAAAUGGAGACAACAGCAGCAACAGCAACAACAACAAUCGCAGUCACCUUCGGUCUCAGUCGAGCCUUCCUCUGUAUCUUCCAACAGUUCAUCAUCGUCUUCCUUGAACGUGAUGUCCCCUCAACCCGGAAGAAGUAUACUGAAGGUCCGAUCACCUCAAACCCAAACCGCUGCCAUUCCCGAACCCUCUUCACCCCCUACGGCAUACUUCAACUAUACUCCGUCAGCUGCAACCGGUAUCGGAGGUAUGAGAAGUUCAUCUGGAGCAGGAGGACCAUACGACUACUCCACACCGAAUAUUGGUCCCACCGGAUCUCCUCAGACCUCGCCUACUGCGUCAGUAAACGUAGGGGAAGAACAACGUGGUAGGGGGCGGACACCCUCGAGGGAUAGAGGGUUAAAUGAUCGAUCGACUUCUAGGGGAACUUCGACCAGCUCGACUGGAUCUUUCGGUUCAGCCUCGUCAGCCAGAUCACCCACUGAAUCGUCUGCCAGUGGAUCCCAACAGGUGUUACCUCGGAAAUCCGGUAUAUCAGCUAGCUCACCACAGUUGGAUAAGGUACAAGAAGGUGUAUCUUGGGAACCCCCCUCUGCCUCUGGAUCAAACGAAAAGGAAAAAUCGAAGGAUCAAGCGAAUUAUGUUCCUGAUCGAUCCAACACGCCCACACCACAUUCAUCACCCCAAAUUUCCUUACGACCCUUGAAAGAUACCUCUCCAGCUUCCUUACCUCAUUCCAACUCUACAUCUUCAUCUUCUUCGAAACCUACCUCUACGACUUCCUCAAUUACCGCCAAUGUGCAUACAAACGAUCUACCCAAAGCUGAUCCACCUACUAUCGUCUCUCCUACUUCUACUUCCAAAACUUCAUUUUCCCACAAUCAACCUUCGGCAUCGGCAACCACUGCCACACAAGCUAGUACAAACGCUGGGAAGAAGGCUACGAUAGCCCACGUAGGGACCAACGCCCAGCCCACACUAAGCCAUCAACCUCUCUCUGGAGCUGGAGCUGGACCCGCCGGGGUCGGCGUGGGUAACGACGAUGAUGACGGAGCGAGCAUAAUGGGUCGAGCGGCCAACAUAGCUUCUACCGCGAAGGAUCUGCUAGGUGCAUUAUGGUAUGGUAAUGAGGGUGGGGUGAAUACCAGGCAGCAGCACGGGGCAGGUGGUGGUAGUGGUGGAGGUAGUGGACGUGCGGGUGGACAUCGAAGAGGUGCAUCGUUAGGAUAG